AGAGAGGAAGAGGUGUUUAAAGGGAGGUAAGAGAGGCAGAGUUAUCAGUGUGCCACCAGGUGUUGGGGCAGCGUGUGGGAAAACGUCCAUGUUGGUGUAUAUCUGUGUGGACUGCGUAAUACUGGACACCUUGGCUGCUCACACACGCCAUAUGACACGUACACCUGUCCUGUGUGUAUAACAAGUGAGAUUCUAACUAAAUGACCGAGGAAAGACACCAAUAAUUGUCAACGGGAUGAAGCCAAAUUCUCACAAUAAAUAACGAAGCCUAGUGGUGAGCUGACGAGUAGCUGACAACGAGUACAAGUAGCUGACAAGAAGCACAAGUAGCUGACGAGGGGCACAAGUAGCUGACGAGGGGCACAAGCAGCUGACGAGGAGCACAAGCAGCUGACGAGGAGCACAAGUAGCUGACGAGGAGCACAAGUAGCUGACGAGGAGCACAAGUAGCUGACGAGGAACACAAGUAGCUGACGAGGGGCACAAGUAGCUGACGAGGAGCACAAGUAGCUGACGAGGGGCAUUUAUAGCAACAACAGUCAACCACAAUUACAUCAAGACCCUAACGACAAUUACAACAAUCACGACUCCAACAAUCAACCACAAUUACAACAAUCACGAUCCCAACUAUCAACCACGAUCAACCAUAAUUACAACAAUCACGAUCCCAACUAUCAACCACGAUCAACCACAAUUACAACAAUCACGAUCCCAACUAUAACCACAAUCACAAGAAUCGAGGGCAAGGCAAUCAACAAAAAUUACAUAUAUCAUAGUCUUAAUCUACAACAAUCACAACAAUCAACCAGACUCAAAAGAAUCACGACGCAGUAAAGAACCAAGUUGGAGCAUAAUGACGUGGAAGUCAAGAUGGCGGCCAGCCUCAGCAGGGUUGGUGGACGUUUUACUGGUGUGGGCGGUGAUGGGGAUCGGCGGGGUGACGUGUGGUGUGACCCAAGAGAGGCGUCCACCUUGUAUCCUCCCCAAGAUGGGCUGUGACCCCCACAAAGCCCUGAUGUACCAGGACUCUGACAGCAUCAUCGGAGGGGAGGUCGCUGAACCAGGAUCGACGCCGUGGUUGAUAUCCCUACAGGACACACAAUACUUUCAGCCCGUCCACUUCUGCGGUGCCACUCUGCUCACCCACACCUGGCUCCUCACCUCGGCCGGCUGUGUUCAGGGAUACCAGUACCCCUUUAACACCCUGCAGGUUGUGGCGGGAGAGUACGACCUGGCGGUGUUCGAAGGCUGGGAGAGGUGGUGCGGGGUGAACAGUAUCCAUCUCCACCCGGACUACAACUACCUGACCCAUGACUACGACGUAGCCCUGGUGGAGAUGUCCUCCAAGGUGAAAUUCAACGACAGGAUUCAACCCUUGCCGCUGCCUAACAAGUCACGUUACUGCCAACAAAACAUACCUUUUUACCACCACUCUCACGCCGAUGAUUUGUUCCUCAUCUCCGGGUGGGGCAGGACGGCGGAAGUGAGUGAGAUAUCUAAUCUGGUGUUACAGGCCUACGUGCCCAAGAUCCCGCGCCAGCAGUGUUGUGAAGCCUACCAGGAUCUCAUCACCGAUUCCAUGGUGUGUGCUGGCAACUUCACACACGGUGGCCUCGAUCCCUGCCAGGGUGACUGGGGCGGAGCACUGGUCAGCAACGACGGGUUCAUCGCCGGGGUGUCCUCUUGGAGUAUAGGCUGUGGACGCCCUGGUUUCCCCGCUGUGUUCAUUAAUACUGAGAGCAUAGUGAGCUGGAUCUGUCACGUCACCGCCCCCAAACCACCAGUAAAGUCACAACAGGAAACAGAUGACCCUCAAGAACAGCUUCAGGAACCACGCUUAGACAACACCGACACAGAGCACUCGGAGGAACUGUUGGUCGAUGAGAACUCACAACAGACAACAUCGACGUUGCAAAGAGAUUAA